AUGUUAUUUUGCACGCGCCACGCGCUAAACACUGCAUCAUCACGUCACCUAAACACUAUCCUCUUUACGCGCCGCCUUAUAAUUUUCCACCCGCUAACUUCUCUUUCCGGCUCAUCUAACACUCGGUGGCACCAUUUAUUCAAACACGUUCGGUCGCCGGAAAAUUACUCCUCAGUUUUUCGCCUUCCGUCGCGUCCUUUGUCCACGUCUCCGAGCAUGGGAUCCCUCACCGCCUUUGACGAGAUUCUGCAGUAUCCCGUCGCUCGCAGGGACGAGUCUGUGGUCGAUAAUUAUCACGGCGUCUCGGUCCCUGACGCUUAUCGAUGGCUUGAGGACCCUGAUUCUGAAGAGACAAAAGAUUUUGUUGAGAAGCAGACGAGAUUGACUGAUUCAGUGCUCGAAACCUGCGAAACCAGGGACAAGCUUCGUGAGAAGCUUACAAAGUUGUAUGAUUUCCCAAAGUUUAAUGCUCCAUUUAGGGCUGGUGAAAAGUACUUUUACUUCCAUAACACUGGUCUACAACCACAGACGGUCCUUUAUGUUCAGGAUAGCUUGGAUGGGAAACCUGAGGUUUUGCUUGAUCCAAACACUCUAAGUGAGGAUGGAACAGUGGCAUUGAGUGCAUAUGCUGUUAGCGAGGAUGCAAAAUACUUGGCAUAUGGAACGAGUUCGAGUGGAAGUGAUUGGGUCACCAUUAAUGUUAUGCGUGUUGAUGAUAAAAGUACUGAGCCUGAUACCAUUUCAUGGGUUAAGUUUUCGAGCAUCAGUUGGACUCAUGACAGCAAGGGAUUUUUCUACAGCCGUUAUCCAGCUCCCGAGAAUGGAGAGAAGAUGGAUGCAGGCACUGAGACCCAUGCCAAUCUAAACCACGAAAUCUAUUAUCAUUUUUUGGGUACUGAUCAAUCUGAAGAUAUCUUAUGUUGGAGUGACCCAGAAAAUCCUAAGCAUACACGUUCUGCUUCGGUCACGGAAGAUGGCAAGUAUGUUCUUCUAUAUAUCGAUGAAAACUGUGACCCCGUCAACAAGGUCUAUUACUUUGACCUAUCAUUGCUCCCCGAAGGGCUUGAAGGUUAUAAAGGGGCAAAAGAAUUCCUUCCUUUUGUCAAGCUUGUCGACACAUUUGAAGCUUCCUAUCACUAUGUUGCCAAUGAUGAUACAGUUUUCACCUUCCUCACCAAUAAAGAUGCUCCAAGAAACAAACUUGUCCGGGUUGACCUAAAAGAACCAACUUCGUGGGUUGAUGUCCUUGAAGAAGAUGAAAAGGAUGUCCUUGAAUCUGCUACAGCUGUAAAUGGAAACCGAAUUGUGGUUAACUAUUUGAGUGAUGUGAAAAAUGUUCUGCAAGUAAGAGAUUUAAAGACUGGUAAACUUUUGCACAAAUUACCACUUGAAAUUGGAGCUGUAUCCGAGAUAUCUACUCGACGCAAAGACAAAGUGGUCUUUGUUGGGUUCACAAGCUUCCUUGUCCCAGGCAUUAUAUAUACGUGCAACCUGGAAGGUGAUGAACCAGAUAUAAGAAUCUUUCGUGAAAUUGUGGUUCCUGGGUUUGACAGGACUGAGUUUGAGGCCAACCAGGUGUUUGUACCCAGUAAAGAUGGCACUAAAAUCCCAUUGUUUAUAGUGGCUAGAAAGGGUCUUAGCCUAGAUGGAUCCCACCCCUGUUUACUUUAUGGAUAUGGUGGAUUUAAUAUUAGCAUCACUCCAUAUUUUGCUGCUAGUCGUAUUCUGAUUGCAAAGCAUUUAGAUGCUGUCUUCUGCAUUGCGAACAUACGCGGGGGAGGAGAGUAUGGAGAAGAAUGGCAUAAAGCUGGUUCUCUUUCAAAGAAGCAGAAUUGUUUUGAUGAUUUUAUAUCAGCAGCCGAGUAUCUUGUCUCUGCUGGUUACACUCAGCCUAAGAAGCUGUGUAUUGAAGGCGGUAGUAACGGUGGGCUUCUUGUUGGGGCUUGUAUUAAUCAGAGACCUGAUCUUUUCGGCUGUGCACUUGCACAUGUUGGUGUUAUGGACAUGCUGAGGUUUCACAAGUUCACCAUUGGUCAUGCAUGGACCUCGGAUUAUGGCUGUUCAGAGAAGGAGGAAGAGUUCAAUUGGCUAUUCAAGUACUCGCCUCUCCAUAAUGUUAGGAGACCUUGGGAAAAUCAUUCUCAUAAGGACACUCAGUACCCAUCCACUAUGUUGUUGACUGCUGACCACGAUGAUCGUGUUGUCCCACUUCACUCCCUCAAGUUAUUGGCGACAUUGCAAUAUGUAUUAUGCACGAGCUUGGAGAAAAGCCCUCAAAGGAACCCGAUUAUCGGGCGUAUAGAGCAGAAGGCAGGUCAUGGAGCUGGAAUGCCAACCCAGAAAAUUAUUGAUGAAGCUGCUGAUAGAUAUGCAUUCAUGGCGAAGGUGGUAAAUGCCACCUGGAGUGAUUAG